AUGGGGAAUUGUCGUUCGGUUAUGAGCCAUCCUCAGUUGAUCAGCGACGAGGAAGUUGAUCAGUUGGCCAAGAGUACGGGAUUUACACAUAAGCAAAUUCUCCGUUUACAUUUACGUUUCAUGGCGUUGGAUAAAGGAGGAAAAGGCGUUCUGGAUCGCGAUGAUUUCUUCAAUAUUCCUGAUCUGGAGAUGAAUCCGUUGGGCGAUCGCAUCAUUGAUGCAUUCUUCGCAGAAGCGAGUGAUCCAGAGAAGCGAUUAACAUUUCCUGAGUUCGUCGCCGUUCUGGCUCAUUUUCGACCAUGCAGCGAGCAUGCGUACACACACGAGCAUUCUGCAAACGAUCAUCAUACUCAUGACGCUUUAACGAAUAACUCUCGUGAAGAGAAACUCAAAUGUACUCAUUCAGCUAUAAUGUCAACCUCGCAUUUCUUUCGUAGAAUAUAA